GGCCGCACUGCACCUGCCUCGCCGGCCACGUGACCCUGGCGGGGGCGGGGAUGCCCGCGCGCCAGAGCCUCGUCGGCGUUGCCGUGGCAGAGGUUACUAAGUAACGGUGUGUGUAUCCGCCCGCCCCCUUUCGCUUCCCCCUUUUUUUGUCAACGGAAGGAAGACCAAGAUGGCGGCGGUGGCAGCCGUUAGAGUUUCUGUGUGAAGGUUGGGGGGGCUUUUCCCUCAAGCCGCGCUUUCUACAACAAGGGAAAGAGCGCCAUUCCCAGGUAAUUAUUGUUAGCAGUUGAUUAUACAACAUGGCAGCUGGAGGUGGUCCUUUUGAAGAAGGAAUGGAUGAUCAUGACUUACCCAAUUGGAGUAAUGAGAGUCUUGAUGAUCGAUUGAACAAUACGAGCUGGGGCGGUCAACCAAAGAGACCAAACAAAUCUUCAGAAAAAAACAAGAAAAAAGUUUCUAGUGAAAGUGAAACAAGACUUACUAAUGACAUCUCUCCAGAAUCCACUCCAGGAGUUGGACGAAGGAAAUCGAAGGCUCCUCAUAGCUUUCCUCAUACAAGAUACAUGACUCAGAUGUCUGUCCCAGAGCAGGCAGAACUAGAAAAACUUAAACAAAGAAUAAACUUCAGUGAUUUGGAUCAGAGAAGUAUUGGAAGUGAUUCCCAGGGAAGAGCAACAGCUGCUAACAACAAACGUCAGCUAAAUGAAAACAGAAAGCCGUUCAACUUCCUCUCACUACAAAUUAAUACUAACAAAGGCAAGGAUGGUGCUACAAGUUCUCAAACACAGGAAACUGCUGGUUCAUCACAAUAUAAAGACUUAAUUACAGCUGCCUUGAGUAAGGAUUUGCUGCAGAAUUGUCCUGUCUCAAUUGAAGAAGAUGGAAGAGGUGAACCUGCAGUGGACAGUAGUCAGAUUGUGAGCAGAUUAGUUCAAAUUCGUGACUAUAUUGCAAAAGCCAGUUCCAUGCGAGAUGAUCUUGUUGAGAAAAAUGAGAGAUCUGCUAACGUUGAACGCUUAUCACAUCUCAUAAAUCAUCUGAAAGAACAGGAGAAAUCUUACCUGAAAUUUUUACAGAAGAUACUAGCUAGAAAGAAUGAGGAGGAGGAUGGUCGAACUGUAGAUUCAGCUGUGGGAUCUGGUUCUGUAGCUGAGAGCACAUCGCUAAACAUAGAUGUGCAGUCUGAAGUUUCAGAUACAACGGCUAGAGAUCCUCAGCAAGAAGCUACAGAAGAACUUGUAAAUUUAAAGAAGCAGCAUGAUUUACUAAAGAGGAUGUUACAACAGCAGGAACAAUUGAAAGCUCUUCAAGGGAGGCAGGCUGCCCUUCUUGCUCUACAACAUAAAGCAGAACAGGCUAUUGCUGUCAUGGAUGAUUCCGUGGUAACAGAAACCACAGGUAGCAUUUCAGGAGUGAGUCUAACUUCUGAGCUGAAUGAAGAAUUGAAUGACUUAAUUCAGCGCUUUCACAAUCAGCUUCAUGAUUCUCAGGUUCAAGCGGUGCCAGAUAAUAGAAGGCAAGCAGAGAGUCUCUCUCUUACCAGGGAAGUUUCCCAAAGCAGGAAUUCCUCCAUGUCUGAGCAUUUGUCUGAAGAGAAAGCACAACUCUUUAGUAAGAUGAUAGCACUUCAGGGUAAAAAGCAAAAAAUGGACAAAUUGCUAGGAGAAUUGCAUACGCUUCGUGACCACCAUCUUAACAACUCAUCUUUGUUGCCUGGUUCAGGGUCUCCUCAAAGGAGUGUUGAUCAAAGAAGUGCAACUUCAGUAGCUUCUGCACCUGUAGGGAUAGCAGCAGGCGUCAAUGAAGAACCGAAUAGCUUAGCAUCAUCCGUUGUCUAUCAUCCAGACUCUGUAACCUCACAGAAUGAAAGUGAAGAGGAUGACAACCUAAAUGCAACAGAAAAGCUUCAGAAAUUGAAUGAAGUUCGGAAGAGGCUUAAUGAAUUGCGUGAAUUAGUGCACUACUAUGAACAGACCUCAGAUAUGAUGACAGAUGCCGUUAAUGAGAACACUAAAGGAGAAGAAGAGACAGAGGAUUCAGAGUGUGAUUCUGACCUUGAGAAUCCACAGCCUGUUACCAAUAUUAGAAAUCCACAGGGCAUUAGUAACUGGAGUGAAAUAAAUUGUAACAGUAAUUUGCAGUGUGGAACUAAUAAUAGAAGUGGAAAUCACCUUAAUACAGCCUGUGAAAUAAACAACCGAUCUGCUAACAUAAGGAUGUUGAAUAUGCCUUCAAGCGUAGACUGUCAUUAUAAUAGAGAAGAUGAUAGUAUAGAAAUACCUCAAGGUGAGGAUGACGACAUUGGUCCUGAAGCUGAUAGAGCUAGCGAAGCUUCCUUAUCCAGUCGCAGAAGCAGCAUUGUCGACGAGGCACCUGUUGAUGCAGAGUUUGAGCAAAAGAUUAACAGACUUAUAGCAGCCAAGCAGAAACUAAGGCAGCUACAAAAUCUGGUUGCUAUGGUUCAGGAUGAUGGUGCGCCAGAGGCUGCAGGGCGGGAUAAUGUAGAUCAGUACUAUUUGGCUGAAGAAGAAAAAGAACAACAGCAGCCAAAUAAUGUCCUAACAAGUGCAAACAAGUCAGAGAAGGCUGUGGCUCUGAAUGAAAAAGCAAGGGAGAAAUUUUAUGAAGCAAAACUUCAGCAGCAGCAGAGAGAACUCAAGCAUCUCCAAGAAGAAAGAAAGAAAUUAAUAAAGAUCCAAGAAAAAAUCCAGGUGUUGCAGAAGGCUUGUCCAGAUCUCCAACUGUCAUCUAGCUUGGAUAAUUGUCCAGGGAAUACUUCAACUGCUAAUGAAAUCAAUGCAGGAAACAAAGCUAUGGAUCAGCCAGAAGAAAAGGCCUUGGUGGAUAGUGAGCUUUGGUCUGAGAUGCGUAGACACGAGCUUCUAAGGGAGGAAUUACGGCAGAGAAGAAAACAGCUUGAAGCUUUAAUGGCUGAACACCAGAGAAGAAGAGAUUUAGCAGAUACCACAUCUGCUGGUGCUGCUUCUGUGAAAAGCGAUGGAUCAGAAACUCAAUGCACUCCCCAUCAAAGCAGAACAGAAAAAACAAUGGCUACAUGGGGAGGGUCUACUCAGUGUGCACUUGAUGAAGAUGAAGUCGAUGAAGAUGCUUAUCUUUCUGAUGGACUUGCUCAAGCAGAAGAGGAGGAAGAAGAAGAGCAAGAUUCUAGUUCCAAUGAAUUGUCCAUAUGUCCCAAUAAUGUAGACCAAAGCUCAUAUUGUGCAAAGGAAGAUAAACAGAGCUGGAAAAAUCCACGUCCAUUUUCAGCAGAUGGAAACUACCGUCCUCUAGCAAAAGCAAAGCAACAACAAAACAUCAGCAUGCGCCGUCAGGAAAACCAUCGUUGGAUGUCUGAACUUUCUUAUGUGGAGGAGAAAGAACAAUGGCAAGAACAAAUUAACCAGCUGAAAAAACAGCUUGAAUUUAGCGUUAGUAUUUGCCAGACCUUAAUGCAGGAUCAACAGAACCUUUCCUGCCUAUUACAAACCUUGCUCACUGGUCCUUACAGUGUGAUGCCCAGUAAUGUUUCUUCACCACAAGUACAUCUUAUAAUGCACCAGUUAAAUCAAUGCUAUUCUCAACUGACCUGGCAACAAAAUAAUGUACAAAGAUUGAAGCAAAUGUUAAACGAUUUAAUGCAUCAACAAGAGCAGCAGCAGGCAAGAACAACCAAAAAGGAAAAAUCCAGUAGGGCUCCACCACCUCCAUCACCAACUGUGUUUUGUCCCUUCAGUUUUCCUUCCCAGACAAUGAACUUAUUCAACAUGCCUGGAUUCACAAAUUUCUCUUCUUUUCCACCAGGUAUCAACUUCAGCCCAAUGUUUCCACCUGGUUUAGGGGAUUUCUCACAAAACUGUAAUGUUCAAAACAAUGAGCAGCAGCCAUUAGAACAUAACACUACUGGGAAGACUGAUUAUAUGGCAUUUCCAAAACCAUUUGAAAGUAGUUCCACUCCUGGAGCAGAGAAGCCAAGAGGCCAGAGGCAGUCUGAAGAAGAGCUGGAGAGUAGAUCCGCUUGGUUAAAUGAACAUCAAGGAGGAGGGAAAGAGAAACCGUUGUUCCUGAAGACUGGAUUCGCAGUACCAGUACAAAAUACAGCGUGUAGUAGUCAGAAAAGCCAGCCUGACACUGUCAGGAGAAGGGAAUUUGAUGAAGAAUCUUUAGAGAGCUAUAGCAGCAUGCCAGAUCCAGUGGAUCCAACCACUGUGACAAAAACAUUUAAACCUAGAAAAGCAUCUGCACAGGCCAGCCUGGCUUCAAAAGACAAGACACCAAAGUCCAAGAGCAAGAGGAGCACUUCUCAGUUUAAAAACUGGCCUAGAACUAAUGGAUUUGAAAGUGCCAGUGCAUCUAGUACGUGUGAGCCUUAUAAGCGAAAUAGGAGUAGGCACUCCACUCGAAAAGAAGAAGUUACUCAAGCGAAAGUGUUCAGUAAAAAGAAUCGGGAACAGCUGGAAAAAAUAAUUAAAUACAGUAGAUCAUCAGAAAUGUCUUCAGAAACAGGCAGUGACCUUUCUAUGUUUGAAGCUUUGCGAGACACCAUUUAUUCUGAGGUUGCUACUUUGAUAUCACAAAAUGAAUCUCGGCCUCAUUUUCUGAUUGAGCUUUUUCAUGAGCUACAGAUGCUAAAUACAGAUUAUUUGAGGCAAAGAGCAUUGUAUGCUUUACAGGAUAUAGUGACCAAACAUGCUUCAGAUGAUAAUGAAAAAGGAGAAUGUUCAAAACCACUGAGCUCAGCAGCUUGGGUAGGAUCAAAUUCAGAGCUUACUCCUAGUGAAAGUCUUGCAACUACAGAUGAUGAGACAUUUGAGAAGAAUUUUGACCAAGGAGCCUGUAGAGAGUGUGAGAAAAAUGAUGCAGACAAUGGCAGCACUAUGUCUAUAUCUUCAAAUUUUGAACCCUUUGCUACUGAUGAUCUUGGCAACACUGUAAUUCACCUAGAUCAGGCACUGGCUCGGAUGAGAGAGUAUGAACGGAUGAAAAUGGCUGCUGAAAAUAACCUUGACUCAGAAGAUGGUGUUUCUUCUUCUAAGCUGGAAGGUUCAGAUGUAGUUGAGAGUCAGAGUGCAGCACAGCCUACUGAAGUGUCGGCUGUUCCUUGCCCUCGAAUAGAUACUCAGCAGCUCGAUCGGCAAAUUAAAGCUAUUAUGAAAGAGGUCAUCCCCUUCCUGAAGGAGCACAUGGACGAGGUAUGUUCUACUCAGCUUUUGACUUCAGUAAGACGCAUGGUCUUAACCCUUACUCAGCAAAAUGAUGAAAGCAAAGAAUUUGUGAAGAUAUUUCAUAAGCAACUUGGUAGCAUAUUGCAGGAUUCACUGGCAAAAUUUGCUGGCAAGAAACUGAAGGAUUGUGGGGAAGACCUUCUAGUGGAAAUUUCUGAAGUAUUAUUCAAUGAACUAGCCUUCUUCAAACUUAUGCAAGACUUGGACAACAAUAGUUUGACUGUAAAGCAAAGAUGUAAAAGAAAAGUGGAAGAAGAUGGAGCAAUGCAGUCUUAUGCCAAAGAGGCAAAAAGAGCACUUGAAGGAGGAGCUUGUUCAUCUACUGAAGAUAUUGAUGAAGAUAAGGACAAAGAUGAAUCUGAAACUAUUAAGCAAGUUCAUGAAUCAGCAAUAUUCAAUAAUAGAGAAGUGCCUAGAACUAUUAGAUCAGAUGCCUCAGAUCAGGAAGAAGAAGAGAAUGAGAGUUGCCCAGUGUCUAUAAGCUUGUCUAAAGCAGAAACCCAGGCUCUAACUAAUUAUGGAAGUGGAGAAGAUGAAAAUGAAGAUGAAGAAAUAGAUGAAUUUGAAGAAGGGCCUGUAGAUGUCCAAACCUCCCUCCAAGCAAACAAUGAAACUACUGCUGAAAAUGAACAGGAGCAGAUUUCACAACCCAAAUCUGAAAAUUCAGAUGAUUGUAUCACAGUGCUUUCUGAACAAGAAUCUGUGGCUAAAGGUGACCUGGAUUCACCUGCUGUUGUGCCUCAGUAUCUUAACAUUAUAGAAGAUACAAAGCCCAUCCCUGUUGGUGCUGCUGAGGAUCUCAAUCCAAGCACUAUAGUAACAGAAGAACAAGACUUGCCGUUAGCAGAAAACGAAAGCCAUGCAUUAGUUACUGUACAUGAAGAACCCACCAAAUCUUCAUUGGGAACGCCUGAAAGCUCUGUGGUUGACAGUCCAGAUACAGAGUCUCCUGUGUUGGUGAACGAAUAUGAAACUGGUUCUGGAAAUAACAGUCAGAAAUCUGAUGAGGAUGACUUUGUGAAAGUUGAAGAUGUAUCCCUUAAACUUGCAGUCUAUUCUGAGGAAGAGCUGAUGAAAACAAUGGAGGCGGAGGCUCAGACUAACAAUAUUACUUCAGAAAUACUGGCCAGUGCAGAAAACCAUGGUGAAGAUUUAGUGGGAGAUCCUCAAAUCCUGAAAGAACCUGAAACUCUUGGAGCCCAAAGUGCGUGAAAAAUCAUUUCAAGGGUAACUCCUUGGCCUACUUCAUCUACAGAUGCAUAUAGAAAAUGGCUACUAAAUUCCAUGCAUUGUAAUCUGUAUAAAAAUGUAAAUUAGUUUUUCAUACACCGCCUUUUAGAGUAGGCAUGCUAACUUUGGCCCAUAAAACUUAAAACGGCUACAACUGAGCUUUCAGUCUGGCUGCACAGUUCUUUGCUGUCUUGUCUUUUUUAUGAUUUGAUUGUGAUUUUAGCAAUUUUAAAAAUGUAGUUUUAAUAAAAGUUGGCUUGUAA